AACUGUGCGAUACCUGAAGAUUUUUUCACAAUGGAUGGAGAGGAGACCUGUGAUGGUUUUGUCAUUGAGCUUUACUGUGUAGAAGAGGAACCUCCCCAAGCAUCACAGUCUGAUGGUCAACUGACUGAUGCAAGUGUUGAAGAGACACAGCUAGAGAGUUUGUUGGAAGAUCUGGGCCUGGAGCAGCACAGGAAAGAGAAGUUAUCACUGAGAACAGUUCUUCAGAUCGACAGCAACACCGUCACUGAUGAACCUGCAAAGUGUUUGUCAGAUCUUCCGUGGUACUUUCUGAAAAAACUGUUGAUGUUCAAUGUGACAGCGAGGAAUGUAAAAUGUACAUCAGCAUGCAAGUCAGAAUCUAAAGAUCCAUCAGGGAAUACAGAGUUAGAUUUUGAUGAUCUGUACAAUAGUCCAGAGUCAGAUGAUGCACUGAACCCAUUGGACCUGAUCACUGCUCUGUUUCUGUGCUCAGAUGGUUUUGUUCAGCAGGAAAUGACCCUCAAAAUGUCCAUGUGUCAGUUCUCAGUUCCUCUGCUGCUUCCUAAUUGCGACACAAAUCAGUGCAUGCUCAUGCUUUGGGCCAUGAGAGACAUCGUGAAAAAGUACAGACCUCAGUCGCUUUCAGAAUCCAAAGGCUUUAUUGAAGAAAGAAUUAUUCACUCUAAACUUCCAAUGAUAUCUUUUGUCAGACUUGGUGAAUGCUCCAUGUCCAAGUCAGAGAUACUCAAUAAGCUUCUGAGCAAUUCUCAGCAGUACCACAACACCUUUGUUCACCAAAAAAUGGAGUGUGGAGACACACCAAGGAGAAUAUCCAAUGGAUUGACUGAAAUUACUUGGUAUCUUCCAUGUGGGAAUGAAAACAUGGAUAUUUUCAGCGAGCCAGUAGCUAUAGCUAACCUCCGCGGGGACAUUGCUUCACUGGAAACACCGUUUUCCUUUUUGUGCCAGACAUCUGCAGCGGUUUUUGUGUUCUUUGACAACUUGGACCCAGAAUCCAGCAGACUUCUGCUGAGCCAACACAAGGCAGAAUUGUUUUUGGUGGGGAAUCUGCAGAGCAAAAGCUUCUAUCUGGAUGAUUUUAAAAAAGUAGCAACUGAUUUGAGAUUGACCAACAAAAACAUCAUUUUGAAGAGGAAGCAGAUUAAUGAAGCUGAUUUUGUGAAACAUUUAAGGACAUCCAUUAGAGAUAUAGUUGACAAGUCACAGUUUAAGAUGCAAAUUGAACAGAUGAGUGAUGUUGCCCAUGAACUUGGUAUCUUGGUUGAUGAAGAUUGCCCGGAGUGCCAGACUGCUAAGAGAAAUGCAGAUUCAAUCACUGAAAAAAUACAAGACUGUUUUAAUUACAAAAAAGUCCAACUUCCCUUACAAGGACAAAUUUGGAAAGAUUUGACCUCUUUGGAGAAAGAAGGAUGUAGACUUCGAAAGGUUGGUUCCAAAGACAUAGAAAUGUACAAAAGUGAGUUAUUAGAAAAGAAAGAGAAACUCAGGAAAGAACAAAACUCUUGUGCCAUGUCAGACGCUGUGACGUGUUUCAUCAGUGCCCUUUCAACCUCAGAUAUCGAGAGGCGAUUUUUCCUGAAAUGGAUGAGAAUGAAUCUUGAUAACUUAUCUCAAGAAAAACAGUCUGACCUCAGGGAGCAGUACAAAAAGAAAUGCCAGAAUUCUGAGAACAAAGAGGAAAUUAAAGAGAUCGACAGACAACUUUCUGACAGCUCACUGGGGAUUGAACACUUCUUACGUGAAAUGGGGCAAAUCUACGAGGCUGCUGCAUUUCUGUCAGAAAGAGACGCAGCACAUCAGCAACUGCAGCAUUUACCCAAACUGUGUGCAGAAUUGCUGCUUGAUGGAUUUCCACUUGAGCUUGUAGAUGGAGACGCAUCCAACAUCCCUCUGAGGUGGGUGACUGACAUUCUGUCUGAGCUGGAAAAGCUGGUGUCUCCAAACAACGAGAUGUUGGUCAUCACAGUUCUUGGAGUUCAGAGCACAGGAAAGUCCACUCUCCUGAACACCAUGUUUGGAGUGCAGUUUGCUGUCAGCAGUGGUCGGUGCACCAGAGGAGCCUUCAUGUUGCUCAUCAGAAUCAAAGAAGAUGUCAAAAAACUGCUUAACUGUGACUUUAUGGUCAUCAUUGAUACUGAGGGUUUAAAGUCAGCAGAACUUUCACAGCUAGAAGAAAGCUAUGAGCACGACAAUGAACUUGCAACAUUUGUUGUGGGAAUGAGCGACAUCACAAUUAUCAAUAUUGCAAUGGAGAAUUCAACAGAAAUGAAGGACAUUCUGCAGAUAGUUGUGCAUGCGUUCCUCAGGAUGAAAGAGGUCGGCAAAAAGCCCAAGUGUCAGUUUGUUCAUCAGAAUGUUUCGGAUGUUUCAGCCCAUGAGAAGAACUUAAGAGACAGGAAACUACUCUUGGAGCAGUUAAACGAGAUGACCCAGGCAGCAGCCAAAAUGGAAAAGAAAGAAGGAAACACAAGCUUCACUGACGUGAUGGAAUACAAUCCAGACACUGGCAACUGGUACAUUCCUGGACUGUGGAAUGGGAACCCACCAAUGGCACCAGUUAAUGCAGGGUACAGUGAGGCAGUCUAUGAGCUGAAGAAAACCAUAAUCCAAACUUUGGGGGGUUGUGAGUCAUCUGCUAAUAAGAUCAGUGAGUUUAAUGAUUGGAUGACCAGCCUGUGGAAUGCAGUAAAGUAUGAAAACUUCAUCUUCAGCUUCAGAAAUAGUCUCGUGGCUGAUGCAUACAUGGAAUUAUGCACAGAAUUUAACAAAUGGGAAUGGGAAUUCAAGAAACACAUGUACACAUGAAUUAAAAAUGCUGAAAUAAACAUUUCCAACUUUGGAACAGUUGCUUUGAAAUCAGAGAUCUCUGACUUGGGAACAUUCAUCACAGAACUGAAAAGUGAAGCUCUGUCAGAGCUAUCUAAACAGGAGAUGAUUGUUGAUGAAAAUCUGGCAAAGUACUUUGAGCAAAAAGAGGGUCAUGUGUAUCUAGUAGAACGAUAUAAACAGGACUUCUCAAACAGUGUGAAGAGCCUUCGACAAGAAACUGAGAACUCUGUAUUCAAUCAGCUGAGAGAAGCAGCUGAAAUCAAACGAGGAAACACAGAGCUGGACAGAAUCAAAGAAAACCACAGAAGGAAGUUAGAAAGCAGAGUCCUUGCACUGAUUGAGAAAUGUCAGAAGAAAAAUGUCAAGAUGACAGAUGAAGAACUGGAAAAAGAAUUUGAGGAGAUGUGGAAUAAAAUGCUGGAGGAGCUGAUCUUCUCCAAACAAAACAUCAAGGAUGUGUUUAACAGCGUGACUCACUAUUUGAGAAUGAAUUUGUCGCACAGAGGAAGUCAUGCAGCACAGCUUGUAGAUAAAAAACUGGAUCAGUGUGGAACAGAGCCUUUCAAAUAUAAAGCUGAAGGAAUGUGGAACAAAUUCACAAAUGCUUACAGGUCAAUGACUCACCUUAAAGAUUACACAAAGGCUGUACAAAAAAUGUCUGACAGAAUUAUUGCUGCUUGUACAGACUUUGUGUCAGAGAAAAAGCAGAAGCGCAGAGAUUACCACGACAUGUACAUUGAGGAGAUCCUGAAAAUCAUUGAUGAGAAGCUGGACAAUGAAGAUCUUACCAAAGACAUUGAGUAUGACGUUUCUCUGAAACAGCACAUCUGUGGAUCUGCAGCCAGAGAGUUUCAGAGUUUACAUGAAAAAUUCAUUGAAGAGAACGAUCCUUACAGAUGUCUGACUCAGAAGAAAGACAAGUUUUUUGGUGACUUUAAAGACGUGUUUCAAGAACAAGACCAGUGUCAGAAGAAGGCAGAAGAAUUCACAGAGCACUGCUUGAAGCCUGCAAUUGAAGCUUCUGUCAGCACUUCCUUAGGUCCUGAUAUCAUCGAUGAAAUGCUGAAAUGUCCACAAUUCAGCACCAGGAUGUUUUUCCAGUAUGAAAUUUUACUGGAUUUGCUGAAAAAUGAGAGAUUUCCAGACUAUUUCCUCUUUAUUGACUCAUAUGAGGAGUAUGUAAAGAACUGGAUUCUUGGGCAAAUACUCAAUCACUUCUCCAGUGGAAGUAAAACAUCUGAGUUUGAAGAUCGACGUCUUCGGUCACUGAUCAUGAGCAUCAGUGAUUCCAUCAACAAUGCCAAGAAAGAAAACUCUGACAACAUAAAGGAAUUUGUUGAAGAAAUCUGCAAGGAACUUGGUGAUAAACUGGUGAUUUCCCAGGAUGCACUUGGAGCAUUCCUGAUCCUGAACAAUGCAAACCAGGAACAGUUUGCUCACUGGCUCACUGACUGUGUGAAAAAGAUGGAAGAAAACCUUCAGAAGGAAUUUAGAGAAACAAACUUUGAAAGCAAACUGAGGAGUCUUCAAAUGAAUCCCCAGAAUGAGCUUUUUAAGAGAGUUGAUGGGUGUGGGAAACAGUAUCCUUUCUGCAAAUCACCUUGUGACGCAGGUGGAAAAGCCCACACUGAGCACUGGACUUCAAUGCAUCGGCCAGAAGGUCUGGGAAGAUAUCGCUUUAUUUUCUCAGGAAAACUUUGCACUGACAUUUGUUCUUCUCUUGUCAUCAGUGAGACACAGUUUCUCUGUAAAGAAACGAACUCUGCAUUUCACCCUUUCAAGCGCUACAGAGAAAUCUUCCCUGAUUGGAAAAUCGCCCCAGAUGGAAGCCUCGAUGCUUUGGACUACUGGAAGUACGUCCUGAAAACGUUCAACAAUAAGUUUGCAGAAAUAUAUGAUGCAAAACCUGCUGAUAUUCCUCCAGCAUGGAACAACAUCGCACGCGAUCGAGCAGAAGAAAGCCUCAAAGAGUCGUUUUACAUCAAGUGAAACACUCUGUGAUUCACCUCAUUUAAUUUUCACGUCCACGAGUUCACAUCCUCCUCUCAUACAUGUGAUGAUAUAAUUCACAGGCUAUGCAAGAAAAAACAAUCAUAAUCGGAAGGAUGAUGACAAUGUUGAUAAUUAAGUGUUUAAGAAAAAAAACUUGUGUUGUUGAUGAACAUCUUUGAAUUUGAGUUUUGCUAUCAACUUUUGAUAAUCCAACUAUACUUAUAGAUAAGGUGACAGAAAGAUUCAACAUACUACUUGUCAGUG